GUUCGUCGUUCGUACUUCGUCAGUCGGUGUUACAAUGUAUCGGUGGUUGGUUGUGUGGCAAGCGUACUCAAUGUGCGUGGUUAGCGGCAUGCUGGACGUGAGAGUGCUGAGUCCGCGAUAUAGUGGAACGCAGUUCGAGUGUUUUGACUACCCAUCUGCAAUGCCUCUGAGAUCUUUUGACUCAGGUUGGCAAAUUCAGAAGAAAUUAACAUCGAUGUUGGACAUAACAACCCCAAGAUAUUGGCCCAGCGCAACUCAAGACCACAACGAAAUAUCACGUAGAAUCGAUCUGCUCUGGAACCGUGACGAUAUAGUCAAAGAGCACGCUAAAUUGGUUCAAGACAUAAACAGUCUCAAGCAGGUUAUGUACGUCGCACCUGUUGCUGAAGAGAGAGAUUAUGAUGACAGCGUUUUUCCUGAGAUAAUAGAAACAUUUCCUUCUACUACCAGUCGACCGACCAGUACAAGAAGUGUUAGACCGACCAAAUCCAGCUUUCCAAUUUUGUUGCUAGGGGGAGGAAGUCGAAGACAUUCAACCAAAAGUCAACCACCGAAGUUGCCAAAGAAAACAAUAAGCUUAGUUGGAACAGCUGCUCCCGUAGCCAGACAUCCAUAUCCAUUCGUGAUGGCAGCAUCAUCCCAUCAGCCUGUCAGAAUAUGUAUGCAAUCACCACUCAUGUACUCAACUGCUACUCGCCGUCCAAGUCUAUGGGAGCGAUUAGUUAGAGCAAUUGUUCCCAGAUAAAAGUUAGGUAAGUAUUGUAAUAGUAGAUCGGGCGCGAUGUAAUCCCCCGAGAGUUAUUGUACGUAGGUGAUUUAUUAUUGUAAGCAGUUUUCUCAUUGUUUUUGUUGAUGCACGGAAAGCGAGAGUACACUCGUUCAUGCAUACUUAGUUAGGACUCGUUCAUAACGGCUGUAACUAUAAAAUAGGAUAGAGUUUACCUAAGAAAUUGGUAAUACAUAAGUUUGACUUAAUAAUACUAGUGGACGCCCGCGACUUCGUCUGCGUGGAAAUCAAUGUAAACUUUCAACCCCUAUUUCACCACUUUAGAGGUUGAUUUAAAAAAAUCUUGAAUUAAAUUAAAUUUUGCAUUUUUUUAUGAUUUAUGAACAGGUUUUUAAAAUUAUGCCUAACUCUAAAAAUGAAGGACUUUCCAUACAAACUUUUAACCCUUAUUUUAGGAUCAAAAGUACCCUAUGUUUGCUCUAAGUUCCCAUUUACCAUUAUACCAAAAUUCAUCUAGAUUGGUUCAGCCGUUUAGCCGUGAAAAGGUAACAGACAGACCGACAGACCUACAGACAGACUUACUUUCGCAUUUAUAAUAUUAGUAUAGAUAUAGAUAGUGAUACUAUUUUAGUAUUUUUAUACAUACAAUAUCUAAUAACAUUAUCGUCGGAGAUUACGUAUUUGAGCCGUUUACGGUCGAAAAACUAGGACCGUGGGAUUCGAGCUUUCUUUUUAAAGAAAUCGCAAAAGCGGUCGAUUAAUUGCUUUGCGAUUUUUUCUCUGCCUCCCGUGAUCAGAAGACUGGACUAUGUUUAGGUCAGAGAAUCAGUAUUGCCAAACAACGUGGGAAUACUGCCAGCCUCUUUGGCACUUUUUCAAUGAACAUCGAUUCGGACAAAUGCUAAGAGGCUAAGUCAGUAAGUCUUUAGAUAUAAUUUAUUAUAUUUCUUUUUUUAUGUAAAUAUAUAUGUAAUUUAUAUUCCUAUAGGCUUAGGUAGUCAAUUUAAGUAGGUAGUCUUAAUAUUCUUAUAAAAUAAACAUGUUUAAGUUUAGUUGAUAAAUAAAAAAUUAGAUAAUACUUAACUAUAAAAAAAUAACAUUACUUGUACAUAUUACUCUUUUAGAGUAAAGAAUCCCACUCAGCACAUCACAUCGAAAAUGUAAAUAAAAUUUUUAGACUAAAAUAUAAAUAAAACUAAAAUAUAAAUAUAUAAAUUAUAAUUUGUAAAAUUGCAGUGAUUCCAGGCAAUAUGUAAAUAUUUAUUUAACACUUACCACAUUCUGGGUUAUGGUAAUGGCUUUUUAAAAUAAUACCAAACUGGGUUUUCGUGAGAUCAUUUUUCUUUCCAAUAUAGCGACAAAAUUUAUAUUGUUAUUAUUAAAAUCAUUUGCAUUUGGUGGUUUUUGAGUUAUGAAGCUACUAGCCCUUUACUCCUCAUCUUUAUCUGUCAAUUUCACCACUUUCAGAAUUCCCCUUAAAACGUUCCUUAUUUUAUCUAUCCUAGUAUAAUAUCAAAAUCAAAAUGCGGUUAUUUAUAAUUUUUAACUUUUAAAUCUGAAAAUUCGUGUGCAUUGUUAUCUCUUUCUUUUACAUUCUGAACCAUACAACACGAUAGGUGACAAGUUACAGUGCCCUUGUAAGGAUUCGUCUUAGAUUUUAAGGCAUUUACGAGUAUAUAUUUCUUUAAUUGGAAAUUUUUAAAUUAUUUUUAGGUAUAAACAUUUUAAUCCUAUUUUCAAAACGUAUUUUGAUGUUAAAAAAUAUAUACGAUCGAAUUAAAACCUCUUCCCUUUUUUAAGUCGGCAAAAUACAUUUAUGUCUAAAAACUUGAUUCAACAAUAUUGCCUUUAUUAUUGAAUCAAGUUUAACUUUUUACUUAAAAAGUAAUGUUAGUAGGUAAGUAUAAUAUUAUUUUCUUAGAAAUACCUUCAAGACAUUUCUAAGAAAAUAAUGUUAGGGAAAUAAUAUUGUGUCCGUGUCGUGAUGAGUAAAAUGAUAAACCAAUUGGUUGAUAGGCGCCGAUGUUUUACGUACAUUGUGACUGACACUUUACUAAUAUAGGUUGUGCGACUUCAAUUUAUAGUGCGUGCGUCGACGAUUGAGGCGUCGACCGCAUGGUUGCAUGUUCCACUUUUAAUUACAGCAGAAGAUACCUACAAUAAUGUAUUGUCUUUUUUAAAUGGAAACGUCGAAUAAAUUCUCACUUUAUCAAUGGAAUUGACGAUAAUGGUAUUGUUAAACGCCUUUAAAGCGUGGGAUUGCUACUGUGAUGACAUAAAAGAUUGCUCCGUUCUAUUGUUAGUAAUCCGUUCAUUGGAUUAUGUAAAUAAUUAUUAAAUUAUAUACAUUUUAUUUGAUUUAAACCUGAAGAAAAUUUGCCCUGAGAUGUGAGUAAAAAUUGUACUUAGAUCAAAAAUUUUAAUAAUAAAAUAACAACGAGAUAAAUUCGGGUAGGGCGGUCAAUUUAUACCAUAGUAUAAAAGACGAAAUAUCUACGGAAAAUAUACGCUUCCGAGCUCGAAGGCUUCAUCCUAACUUCAGACUAUCAAUACGUGAAUGAAAACCCAUUAUUUUGCAGCAGCAGUGUCUGAAACGAUGCGAAACACCACCGUAGAUAGGUACUAAAAGUAAAAAAAGCCAAAUUAGUUAGCCUUGACACUUCAAGGGAGUCACUGCUUUUUAUAGAAUUAUUUUUAAUUUUUAGAUCUUUGUGUCUUAUGUAGUUACUUGAAUUUUUUUAUGUGUUUACCUAGACUUUACUUGAGUUUUAUAAAACUACAAAAUUUAAGUAGUUAGGUUCUAUUGACUUGUAUAAUAAGUUUCUGAACAAAUAAGAUUCUUAGUGUGAUAAGCUGUAGAUAUACUAUUAAUAGUUAUAAUAUAUAAUUCGUAAUCGUAAUUACGUAUCAAGUAGGUAAGUACAGCUCGUGCUGAUUAACUUGAUAGAAUAACUGACUGACUAGCUCGAAUCAAAAUUCAAAAUUCAUUUAUUUCAAUUAGGCUUACUUUGAAAUCACUUUUGAAAAGUCAGGAUUGAAUGGUAUUGAAUGGUAUUUGUACUGUGUUGUUGUGUGUGAUUGUGUUUGGUAGCCUCUUGGUACUUGUAAUUUUAAAUUGCAUUGGCAGCAUCCUAACUUCAGGCUAUUAAUACUUGAAUGAAAACCGAUUUAUUUUUUGUUUGCCGGAACUUUAUCAACCGUGUACGAAACGAUGUGAAAUAACAUCGUAGGUAGGUAAUUAUGUUCUAAUGAUCGGUUUGACGGAGGUGUCAAUAAAUCGAAGUAAUAGUAGGCUUGGCACUGCCUUCAAGGCGGUCACAGCUAUUUACCUAUAGAACUACUAGCAGACCCGGUCAAACUUCGCUUUGACAUAUGUGCCCUUCUUUCCUACCCCUACCCUUCCCUACUCACACUUAAACCCUACCUUACCCCUACCCCUACCGUACCCCUACACUAACGUCAACCAAUUGUUUUACCUUCCCGGAACUUCUUCACUAACACUUGAUUUUUAUGGUAUGGUAUUAAAGUUCAAAUUGCCUUUUAAGUAUUAUUACGAAUUGUUUAUAAAGGAAUAUAGAUUUUUUUAGGGGUUUUUAAAUUUUUCUUUCCGUAAGGACUAUCCUCGUACUUCAAGGAGUAGGUAUUCUAAAAAUAGAAUUAGCGAAAAAAGUACAGCCGUUCGCGAGAUUUGCGCUUAGGAAAAUUCAAGUUUCAUUUUUAUAUUAAAGAUUUUUAAUUCCAUCUAAAUGUUUGUGUUUUAUGUAGUUACUUAAUUUUUUUAAAACUGUUUACCUAGACUGUUGUAGUUUUAGAACUACUAAAUUUAAGUAGCUAGGUUUUAUUUACUUGUUUACAUAAUAAGUUUCUGUACAAAUAAGAUUCAUAGUAUGAUAUCGUAGGUUGGGGAGAUUCAUAGUAUCGUAUGAGAGUAUAUAUAUUUUUUUUGACUUUUUAAAUUUUUCGUUCUGUAAGAACCUUCCAUUUACUUCAAGGAGUAUGUAUUUUUAAAAUAAGAAUUAGCGAAAAAAGUUUAGCCAUUCACGAGAUUAGCGCUUAGGAAGAUUCAAGUUUAAUUUUUAUUGUUCCGUAGUCCACAAGGAAGCCUUAUAGUUUUGUUAUGUCCGUCUGUCCGUCCGUUCGUCCGCGGUUUAGCGCAGAGACUAUUACUACUAAAUAAGAAUAUGUAAAUUAUAAAUGUAAACAAAAUAGUACAAUAAAAUUUUGAAAAAUAUUUUUUUCCCCUACAUGUAAAGUGGGGAUGAUUUUUUGUUCGUUAAUUUCAUAGUGUGGAACAUCUUUAAAAGUUGUAAGGGGUUUUCUAUCAACAUAUUUCGAUUCAGGGAUCCGUUUGUAAAAUAUGAAGCUUUCAAGAGUUAAUUUAUGUUGUUUCUUGUCAGUACGAUUACUCAGAGUCUGUUAAACUAGAAAGAUGAGAUUUGAUAAAGCUAUAUGUAUAUUAAUUACGUCUAUAAAGAGGUAAUAAGAAAAUUGAAAAUAAAAAUAUUGGGGUUCCUUCCCUACAUGCAAAGUGAGGAUGAAUUUUUUAUCAUCUAUCUUAUGGUCUGGGGUAUCGUUAUCGGUACUUUUGUGCAUUACAUAAGGGAUUAAAGUGCUAACCUAAUCUACGGAACCCUACACUGCGCGUGGCCCGACACGCACUUGGCCGCUUUUAUAUUAUAGAUUUUUAAUUUCAUCUAAAUGUUUGUGUUUUAAGUAGUUACUUUUUUUUUAAAUGUUUACCUAGACUCAACUUAAGUUUUAUAACACUAAUAAAUUUAAGUAGCUAGGUUUUAUUUACUUGUUUAUAUAAUAAGUUUAUGUAUAAAUAAGAUUCAUAGUAUGCUAUCGUAGCUAGGUGUAUGGGAGUAUAGAAUUUUAUUUUAGACUUUUUAAUUUUUUUUUCUUUAAGUACCAUCCUCGUACUUCAAGGAGGUAGGUAUUGUUAAAAAAAGAAUUAGCGAAAUAAAUUCAACCGUUCGCGAGAUUUGUGAUUAGACAGAUUCAAGUUUCAUUUUUAUAUUAUAGAUUUUUAAUUCCAUCUAAAUGUUUGUGUUUUAGUUAGUUACUUAUUUUUUUUAAAAUGUUUUCCUAGACUCUACUUUAGUUUUAUAACACUACUAAAUUUAAGUAGCUAGGUUCUAUUCACUAGCUUAUAUAAUAAGUUUCUAUACAAAUAAGAUUCAUAGUAUAAUACCGUAAGUGUGUGGGAGUAAGAAAUUUUUCUUUAAACUUUUUAAUUUUUCUUUCCGUAAGAACCAUCCUCGUACUUCAAGGAGUAGGUAUUCUUGAGAAAAUAAUUAGCGUAACCAGUUCAGCCGCUCACGAAAUUUGCGCUUAGGAAGAUUCAGUUUCAUUUUUAUAUUAUAGAUUUUUAAUUCCAUCUAAAUGUUUGUGUUUUAGUUAGUUACUUAAUUUUUUUAAAUGUUUUCCUAGACUCUACAUUAGUUUUAUAACACUACUAAAUUUAAGUAGUUAGGUUCUCUUUACUUGUUAUAAUAAGUUUCUUUACAAAUAAGAUUCAAAGUAUGAUAUCUUAGCUAGGUGUAUGGGAGUAUAGUUUUUUUAGACCUUUUAAAUUUUUCUUUCCGUAAGAACUAUCGUCGUACUUCAGGGAGUAGGUAUUCUUAAAAAAAGAAUUAGCGAAACUAGUUCAGCGGUUCGCGAGAUUUAAGCUUAGGAAGAUUCAGUUUCAUUUUUAUAUUAUAGAUUAUUAAUUUCUUCAAAAUGUUUGUGUUUUAUGUAGUAACUUGCUUUUUUUAAAACUGUUUACCUAGAAUCUACUUUAGUUUUAUAAAACUACUAAAUUAAAGUAGUUAGGUUCUAUUUACUUGUUAUAAUAAGUUUCUUUGCAAAUAAGAUUCAUAGUAUGAUAUCGUAGGUGUAUGGGAGUAUAGAAUUUUUUUUUUAGUCUUUUUUAAUUUUUUCUUUCUGUAAGAACCACCCUCGUACUUCAAGGAGUAGGUAUUCUUAAAAAAAUAAUUAGCGAAACUAGUUCAGCUGUUCGCGAGAUUUGCGCUUAAGAAGAUUCAAGUUUCAUUUUUAUAUUAUAGAUUUUUAAUUCCAUCUAAAUGUUUGUUUUUUUAUGUAGUUACUUGAUUUUUUUAAACUUUUUACCUAAACUCUACUUUAGUUUUAUAAGACUACAAAAAGUAAGUACUUAGGUUCUAUUUACUUCUUUAUAUAAUAAUAAUUUUAUGUACAAAUAAGAUUCAUAGGUGUGUGGGAGUAUAGGAUUUUUUUAUACUUUUUUAAUUUUUCUUUCCGUAGGAACCAUCCUCGUAUUUCAAGGAGUAGGUAUUCUAAAAAAGAAUUAGCGAAAUCAGUUUAACCGUUCGCGAGAUUUGCGGUUAGGAAGACUCAAGUUUCAUUUUUAUGUUGUAGAUCUUUAAUACCAUCUAAAUGUUUGUGUUUGAUGUAGUUACUCUUUUUUUUAAACUGCUUACCUAGACUAUUUUUUUUUUAAACUACUAAAUUUAAGUAGCCAUUUACUUACAUAUAUCAACCCUGUUUUUCCAUCCAUAUGGUACAUUUUUUAUAACAAUAACAUGGGCUUUAUCUAUCCAAAAAAGAAUUAUAAAAAUCGGUUUACGCUAUAAAAAGUUAAGCGUAGCUUUACUUUAAAAUUGAUGGGUAGGUAAUAAAUUUUUCCCUGUUUUCCUACUUGUAUAGGAUUUUUUUUCAAAACUUAUAUAGGACGUAAUUCGAAAAAAAAUAUCAAAAUUGGACCUAUAAGUAAAAAGUUACGCGUGUUCAUUAAUAAAAAAUAUACCUACAGGGUGUCCUGUAAAUAUUGCGACAUACGUAACGAGGUGAUAGCUGAUAUCAACGCUUACUAACAUAAUGCAAUUUUAGUUAGCCGAAAUUUUGAGGUUUUAAAGCUAUAUCGAUUUUUGUACAAAAUUAAAAAUUCCCAUCCUUCAGUGAAGUUUAAUCAUACCAUGUUCUGAAAAGCGUUGAUUUUAUACUUGGUAAUUAUUUUAAAGUAGUUGUUUCAAGCGAUAGUUUAAACGUUUAGUUUUUUCUACUACUAAGUAAGUUUUUUCCUAAAAAUGGGACUGACUAUUUUUUUAUGUUUAAAAUUUUUUGUGUAUGUAAUCUUAACGGUCACAUUAGCUAUCACCCUGUAGAGUAUGUCGUACUAUUUUUUUUUUACUUGUCGUAGCCAAAUUAGUAGACUUGAACUCAUGACUUCAAGGGAGUCAGCUGGUUAUAGGAUUAUUUUUAAUUCCCUCUAAAUCUUUAUGUUUUAUGUGGUUCACUUGAAUAUUUUUAAAAUGUUUACCUAGACUUUACUUUAGUUUUAUAAAACUAUUAAAUUUAAGGAGGUACUUAGGUUCUAUUUACUUGUAAGGUUUCUGUACAAAUAAGAUUCUUAGGAUGAUAAGCACGUGAUACACAGAAUACAUAGGUACAAGGUAGAUAUAUAAUUCGUAGGUACGUAUGAAGUACAUAAUAUUGUCUUGCUAUUUAAUUAAGUUACCUAGCAGUAGUAUUAAAGAAAGUGUAGUAAAUCUUUUAACAACGAUGUGUUGGGUGUCAUAUGUCCUGAUUAGCAAAUAGGUAUACAUAACUACUCGUAUUUUCAGCAUAGUUAUAUUUACUGCUGUACCUAUGUAUUUAAGUUUGUUGCUUGUGGAUUUAUUUACCUACUAAUACCUGUAACCUGCUUCGUUGCUUUUACUUUUCUUUAUUUUCUUUUUAAGCGCUUAAUAAUAAUACUAUUUCAAUUGACUACCUAAAUACUA